AUGGCGUCGCAAGAGACUAUCGCGAAGGUCAAAGCGUACAUUGCCGAAAGUAAAAUCUUCAUUGCGUCUAAGACAUACUGUCCAUACUGCCAAGCGACUUUGAAAUUGAUUUUCGAAGAGAAGAAGAUCAGCAAGGACCAGGCUGUUGUGUUGCAAUUGAACCAGAUGGAAGACGGUGCUGAAAUUCAGGAAGCGUUGACUGAGAUUACUGGCCAAAGAACCGUUCCAAACGUUUUCAUUGGCGGCGAACACAUUGGAGGUAACAGCGAGUUGCAGGCUUUGAACGCUUCUGGUAAGCUCGAUCCACUUUUGGAGAAAGUGUUGAAGCAAUGA